UAUUGUACCAGUAUAUAAAUAGUAGAAACAACAGAUACAAUAUCAUAAAUUUCAGAAAUCCCCACAUAAAUUCCCCCUUUGUGUGUGAUCCAAUCCUAAAUACUUUCUUUCAAUCAUUUUUUCUUUGGCAUGGCGGAGGAAUCCCAAAAAUGGGUAUUAAUGGUAACGGCGCAGACACCUACUAACAUAGCGGUGAUAAAGUAUUGGGGAAAAAGGGAUGAAAAUCUAAUUCUUGCUAUUAAUGAUAGUAUUAGUGUAACCCUUGAUCCUGCUCACCUUUGUACCACUACCACUGUUGCUGUUAGCCCUGCUUUUAAUCAAGAUCGCAUGUGGCUUAAUGGCAAGGAAAUAUCCCUCUCUGGUGGCAGAUACCAAAACUGUCUUAGGGAAAUUCGCGCUCGUGCUAAUGAUGUUGAAGAUGAGAAGAGGGGUAUCAAGAUCGUGAAAAAGGAUUGGGAGAACCUGCAUGUGCAUAUUGCUUCUUAUAAUAAUUUUCCUACUGCUGCGGGUUUGGCCUCCUCAGCUGCUGGCUUUGCCUGCCUAGGUACUGCUAAACAUUUCUUUGUUACUUCAAUUCUAAAUUCAUUUUUAUAUNAAGGUUCAGGAAGUGCUUGUCGAAGCUUAUAUGGAGGAUUUGUUAAGUGGGUUAUGGGAAAAGAGGAAAAUGGAAGUGAUAGCGUUGCUGUUCAACUUGUAGAUGAGAAACACUGGGAUGAGCUUGUCAUCAUCAUAGCCGUGGUGAGCUCACGGCAGAAGGAAACAAGUAGCACCUCAGGAAUGCUUGAGACUGUUGAAACCAGUGCGCUGAUAGAACACAGGGCAAAGGAAAUAGUGCCAAAGCGAAUAAUUCAGAUGGAAGAAGCCAUACAAAAACGUGAUUUUGCAACUUUCACUCACUUGACUUGUGCAGACAGCAAUCAAUUUCAUGCAGUCUGCCUGGAUACUAGCCCUCCUAUAUUCUACAUGAAUGAUACAUCUCAUAGGAUAAUCAGCUGUGUUGAGAAAUGGAACCGUUCAGAAGGAACUCCACAGGUUGCAUAUACUUUUGAUGCGGGGCCAAAUGCAGUUCUAAUUGCACGUAACAGAACAUCUGCUGCACUUCUACUCCAGAGGCUGCUCUUCCACUUCCCUCCAAACUCAGAAACUGAUCUAAACAGCUACGUCAUAGGUGAUAAAUCAAUACUGAAGGAUGCUGGAAUUCAGGAGAUAAAGGAUGUGGAAGCAUUGCCUCCACCUCCAGAAAUUAAGGACAAGGUUCCAGUUCAGAAAUGUAAGGGCGAAAUUAGCUACUUCAUAUGCACAAGACCUGGUAGAGGUCCAGUUUUGAUAAGCGACGAAAGUCAAGCUCUUCUCAACCCUUAUACCGGAUUGCCCAAGUGAAGUGCCGUACUUUUGAUUAUAAGAUUCUGUUGAAUGAUCAGGCCUAAACAGAGUCCCGAGUUCUACGUAUUACAGCCUCUUACCCUAAAGAGAAAAAAUGGAGGCUGCUAUUUUUAAAAUGGUUUCAGUAUAGAUGAACUUUGAAUUCAAAAGCUGUUGUUUGUAGUUCAGUUUACUUAUUCUUCAGUAGAAAUUGUUGUGUACUCGUUUCUUUGUUGAAUGCAAUAAGAGUCCUCAAUUUUGCUUCUUUCCGUCA